GUUUUGUUUCAACUUGAACCUCCACCAGAGUGCGAUGGUUGUGACAACAUAGUUUUUUCUUUGUGGAGUUGUGAUAAUAUUUCAGGUUUCUUGAUAUUCGAGUAAUUCCCAAUUAAUUCGAUGAUUUAUAAUACCCAUUGAUUUCCACAAAAGUUACCACGAUUGAAAGUGGAACACCUUGUAUAUUGAAGGGAAACCAGUAGUCAAUACAUCUCCGAACCCAAAAAUAUCUCAAAAUAUAAGCCAUCUAGAUCAAUGAGAGCUAAACCAUAUAACAGUAGGAAACGAGAAUGCAAGGGUCCGAAACCCCGACGAAAAACAAUGAACUAAACGCCCGAACAGCAUCCCUAAAAGAAAAAAUAAUAAAUGGGACGAAACUAGUGACAGUAGAGCCCCUGAUAGCCUUCUACCAGAUGGCCCUAACCCUAACGAAACCAGCUCUGGACAACCUAGAAUUCGAAAAGUCCUGCAGAGGGAACCUCAACUUCACCGACACAAUAUGCGACAGCAUCCUCAAAGGCCAUCACAACAACUACACCAAUGAAAACAACGAAAUUCAAGUGCUAAUCAGCAACAUGCACUCCUGGCAGCAACCGCUACAAAGCUUCGCCCCGCUCCUGCUCAUCCUAUUCCUAGGCUCGUACAGCGACAGACAGAAAUGCAGGAAACCGUUUUUCAUCAUUCCCAUCGUCGGAGAACUCUUAGGGACAGUUGGCUGCAUGCUUUGCGCGUUGAACAUGAAGGCUUGGCCCCUGGAGCUGCAAGGCUUCUUCCAAAAAGUCGUUCCUUCUCUUUUCGGCGGUCAAGCCAUGAUGGUGAUGGCAACAACUGCUUACAUUGCAGAUAUCAGCUCCACUAAAACCAGGACCUUUCGUUUAGGCAUCGUGCAGAUUGUCAUAAGUGCAACAGUGCCCCUGGUCAAUUCCUUUUGCGGGAUUCUCUUCCUGGAAAUAGGUUAUGUGGGUGUUUUGAGCGUGUCGACUGCCAUGCUGGUGUCGGCCUUAGUGUACGGGACGUUUUGGAUCGAGGAGAAGGUUUCGAAAAAGGCAGUGAGAGUAUGUGAGCUAAGUAAUGUUUUUGACCACCGUCAUGCCUUCGAUACUUUCAGGAUUAUGUUCAAGGGGGCCGCAGGAGUUUGUCAGGCGCGACUGGUAGUGCUCGUUUUGGUGAUUUUCACACAUCGGUGCGCUUUUGAGGGGGAAUCCAAUGUUUUGUAUCUCUAUGUCCAAAACGUAUUUCAGUGGACGCCAGUUGACUUCAGCUUUUUUUUAACAGUUAAUGGGAUAGUUCUACUGAUAGGAAACAUUUUGGGUCUACCACUUUUCACCCGUAUUUUCAGAAUGAGUGACCCUAUGAUACUGUUAGUUUGUGUCGUGACGAAAAUAUUGACAAAUGUGAUAUUUGGAUUAGCAAAGAAUCCAAUACUAUUCUAUGUAGGUAGUAUAAUGAGCAUAAUAACUAGGAUGUAUAGGGUAGCAAAAAGAUCCCUAUCCACAAAGAUGGUGUCAACAGAUGACAUUGGAAAAUGCCAAUCCCUUUUUGGCAUCUUUGAAAUCAUAGCUCCAGCAGUCUCAGUACCUGCAUUCAAUCUCCUCUACAUACAUACAUUGGAAGAUUUUCCUGCAGUGAUAUUUCUCUUCAGUAUUUUGCUUUAUGCUAUAUGUUGUGUUCUCAUACUGUGGAUAUAUUUUAAAAAUAAAGGAACCUGUGAAAAAAAUUUAGAAGUUCCUGAAAUCAAUGAAACCAUCAUUGUUGAAACUACUCACAUGUGAUAUUUAUUUUAAAUAUAAUAGGUAUAAAUUAAUUCAAAGAUUAUUAAUCUUACCUUGAACUGACUUAGAACUUGUAAUUUGUAACAACUGGAUUGAUUUUGUCCAAUAAUUUUCUGUACACAGCCACAUCUUUAGUGAGUUGUAAAGAAAUGAACUUCUCAUUAUAAAUUGGUGGU